UUUAAAUUUCUUUUAGAGAACCGCAGAAGCAGAGCAUUUCAACUCUGGUUGGUCUCAUUGAAACUGAAUUUAAGAUUGCAUGGCUAUGAUAGCGAAUAACAUCAGUUACUGAUCAUUACACGCAAUGGAUUCGAGUGCGAAUAAUGAACAUGUCAAUGACCAAGACGCAUCUUUGAGUGCGGAGCCAUCAGCUCCAGCGGGUUGCCCUGGAGUUUCAAGCUCGACCGCUGGAAAAUCUACUCCAUGCCAAGGUUGUCCAAACCAGAGAGCUUGCUCUUCGGGUCAAGCAGCCAAGGAUGUUGAAACUAGCAACGCGGAAAUGAAAGAAAAAUUAGCCGAUGUCAAGUUUAAAAUAUUAGUUAUGAGUGGCAAAGGCGGUGUUGGUAAAAGUACAAUUACAACUGCCCUUUCGAGGUACUUAGCUUCUGACGGGGAAUCACAAGUCGGAGUUGUCGACUUGGAUAUUUGCGGGCCGUCGUUGGCGACGAUGUUUCACGCCGAAGACCAGUCUGUUCACGAGAGCAACGACAGUUGGUGUCCGGUUGUCGUAGACGAGAAUCUUUAUCUGAUGUCGGUCUGGUUUCUCCUUUCGAGUCCCGACGAUGCUGUUGUUUGGCGUGGUCCUCGAAAGAAUGGUCUUAUAAAACAGUUUUUGAGUAAAGUUAAAUGGGACUAUUUGGAUUACAUGGUAGUAGACACACCUCCAGGGACGUCGGAUGAACAUCUUUCGGUGACCCAGUUGUUGCAUCAAACAGUCGGAGUGGAUGCAGUUGUUUUAGUCACUACGCCUCAAGAAGUGAGUUUGUUGGAUGUUAAGAAGCAGAUCACGUUUUGCAGGAAAAUGAAGUUGCCGAUCAUUGGCGUGGUGGAGAAUAUGGCAUAUUUUAGUUGUCCAAACUGCAGCCAGAAGAGUGAGAUUUUCCCGGCCACAACUGGUGGAGCCAAAAAGAUGUGCGAAGAUAUGGGAGUGGAGUUCCUUGGAUCAAUUCCUCUGGAUCCCACUAUUGGCAAGGCUUGUGACACUGGCAUGCAAAUAGACAGUGCUGCUGGGAACGAUACGAUUGCGUUCAUCGCUACCGUAGUUCGAAAGGCCGCUCAAGCCAGCGAAUCAACCCAAUCGAUGUGAUGAUUGGGUUGUCCGUAAAACGUUUAACAUUUUGACGCUGAAUGGCGAUUUUGUUUAACCUUGAUUAUUUGAGUGUUUAUGAGCUUAAAUUAGAAGAUAUAUUUGAAAAUUUCA